CGUGGACGUGGGAGGCAACGUUAGGCUGGAGGUGCUCAAAACGGUUUGCGCAACAAGCUGCGCUCGAUCCUUAGAGCUCGUGCUUGCGCGCCCAUGCUCUAUGCACUCCCAUCAUACCUCUCGCUUUCGUCCAUGGCUCUCCUCUUUGCUGUUCACACGCUCUGUAUGUUCUCGCUUCCAGGUCUUCGUCUCGCUUUGCAUAUUCAUCCACGACGUCUCUGUCGCCAUAUUCCCCACUCACGACCAAAAUCGACCCACGACCUCUCCAUUCGCAUCGUCCUCAUCCCACUCGCCUUCUUCCAUUUAUUGUCGCUCAGUUAUCCAUCCGCCAUGCGACGUUUCUCACUUCGGCAUCAUUUGCGCAUACUUAUCUAUUCGGCAUUCAACGUACCCAUCAAGACCUGGCGCUUGGAACGCUACGGUCGCGAAGUGGGGGGAUUGGCGGCACGCAGGGGAGUUGAGGAGGAAAAGCGGUCUUCGCACCGCGCCCCAAAAAACUCGGAAAGGAAAGAUUCGGAAGGAAUAAAAGCAGAAGUAUCUCUUGCAUAUACACGGCUGUUUCGAUCUCUCUUAUCUUUUUACACGAGGUUUCUUCCUCUUUCUCACCGGUGUAUUCGCUGGCUAGCCGAUCGGUCCUCGGCGCCUAGUGCUGAGCGCUGA